GUUGUACAAUUCAGAUUGAAUAGAAACUUUUCUGCAGUUUUCAUAGUCCACAUUUAAUAAACACACAAUUAUUAACAUAGCAUAAACAUAGGAUUUCUUCACUUCUAACCCAUAAAUUCAGUAACAGUUUUGGAGUUGUGCUUGCAAUACCAGCUUUCUUAGUAUGAAUGGAAAACAACGGCGGUAUACUCUGGAUACUGAACAAAACGAGGCUGAGCUUGUGAGUAUGGUUACAGAAAAUCCGUGGUCACUCUUGAAAACAUUCCUAGUGUGUCUGUUGGCCUGUCUAAUCUCCACAACACUUGUGGUUCUUGUAGUGUAUUUUGUCCACUUCGGCAGGCCCACCAGCAACACCACCAUCAUCAUUCAGCCAGAUGGGAAGUCCAGUCAAGUGACUUUCACCCCUGCUUCUACCCCAUCUGCUGCCUCCUCACCUCCACCUGCUGCUUCUACCCCAUCUGCUGCCUCCUCACCUCCACCUGGGUCUCAGAGCACCCCGCCUUCUACUCCCGUGACCAGCCAGAGCUCCUCUACCACCGCAGCCCCAUCUACCCUGGAGUCAACUAAAACCACAACAGUGGACCACGAAGUUAUCAUUGACUAUGACAAAUGACAUGUUUGCACAGUCACCCUGCUCAAGCCGGUCAAUGCCCUCACCCUGAAGAAGACACGCCCAAACGUCUCUCUUCCCUGUCCUGACAUUCUAAAGAAUUUGGCUUUGUGAGAUAUUGCCCAUUCUGCUCAGUUCUUUGCUUGUUCCCCGUAGGAUGAUGACUCAGUCUUGCGCACGGUAAUGUUCAAAUAAUUGGAACAGAAAAAAUUCAGUGGAGCCUGGGAGACUGAUCAAAGCUAAGGCACAAAGUAUUCUCUUCCUCUGUCCUGUCCAACCAACUUGUUCUCACUAAUGAGGACUUCUCUUGAUGCAGAGGCUGCCAGGCGGGCCCUGCUCUACUCAGCUCCCUCUGUGCUGGCCCUGAAGCCAGUGGUUACCAUGAGGCUACUAUGGAUUCUCUCUCAGUCUCAUGUACUUCACUGUUUUUAGUAUUUGCAUGCCGGUAGGGAAAGAAACAAAUGUUCAAUUUAAGCAAUUAAAUAGCAUGAUUUAUUCUCAUACUUUCUAGUCAUUAUAGAAUGUUUCCCUCUAUCAGAGAAUUCAGAAACAGGAAGCCAGUAUGGGUAGAAAUAUUCAAGGAAUAUUUCAGAGAAGGUUUACCUUGGGAGAAAGGUUGAAGGCUCAGUUUUAUAUAGAAAUCAUUAGAACGGAAAAGAAGAGUGCCAAGGUUUUUAAUAGAAUUGAAAGCAAAAGCUCUCUCAGAAAAUGGUCAAAUGGUAGCAAGUGACACAUUUAUAUGUAUCUGUACCUUCUCACGUAUAUUGUCAUAUUAUUUUCCAUAUUCUAUAUUUGGCUUAAUCUCUAAACUGCUACUUAGAAUUUUCUUUUUAUUUUAUUUUGUUAAUUUUUUUUACAGGCAGAGUUAGAGAGAGAGAGAGAGAGAGACAAAGGUCUUCCUUUUCCGUUGGUUCACCCCCCAGAUGGCCACUACAUCCAGCGCACUGCACCGAUCCAAAGCCAGGAGCCAGGUGCUUCCUCCUGGUCUCCCAUGCGGGUGCACGGCCCAAACACUUGGGCCAUCCUCCACUGCACUCCCGGGCCACAGCAGAGAGCUGGACUGGAAGAGGAGCAACCAGGACAGAAUCCGGCGCCCCAACCAGGACUAGAACCUGGGGUGCCAGCACCGCAGGCAGAUGAUUAGCCUAGUGAGCCACAGUGCCGGCCAGAAUUUUCUAACAUUUAAAUUAUUUUAGGCUUCAUACUGUAACGUUGGGACUACUUUGCUCAUAAUUUCUUGUGAAACACAAAACUUAUUCAAUGUUACUUACAUUCUUCUGACUGUGUAAUACUUAGUAGAAGCAUGCACUUUCCAAUGUGGAAAAGAGUUUAGAAAUAAAGAAACCUUCCUGUCCUCCCGUCCAUCUCUCAACUCUACAGAAGGGGAAGAUUGUUCCAGAGAAGUGGUGCCCCAAGCCAAAGGCCCAGCCUCCAUGAGUCCAUACUAGAAUCCACAUUUCCUGUUUAGACCUUCUGAUUCUCUUGUCUACCCCCUUAGAGGUCCAACACAGGUUCCAAACGCAUUGUUUUGUUAUUCAGGAUUUCCCAGAGCAAAAGAUGUUGUGUUCUAUAAGUACUAGAUUGGCUUGCUACGGUCAGUACCAGGCCACUUAACGUAGACCUUGAGGUCUCACUGAGUAAUUAGGCUUUGCAAAAGAAAGAUGAGCAGUGAGUUCAUUCUUUAAAUAGUUGUUAUUUGUGGGCAGCUAUUUUAUUUCUUAGACAUUGGUAAAUAGAAAAAUUUGAGUCUUAGAAGAAUAAUUCUCUAGGUCACUAUUAUAGCAGAAUUUAAGAAAGAUGAGAAGUAUUAUAUAAGUUUUAGAAAUCUCAUUAAGCUUUAGAUAAAAUUAGUAAAGCUCCAGAUGAGAAUUAAUAAAGCACAGUGGCAUAAGAGCAUGUGCAUUUUUCCUGAGCCAUUUUAAAACAAUUUAUUUUAUUG